AUGCAACAAAUUCAGUUCUCUAGCCUCACACCCUUGCCUCCCUCGGUCUCCCAGGAGACCAUCAUCGAGAAGCUUCACGAUCAUGGAGCUAUGAUCGAACAAAACCCACUGGUGAUCCACUACGAACGGUGUCAGCCGCCAGCAGAUGCACCGCACGAUGAAGCCCUUCGCACCUGGUAUGAGCUGACCGACCGGAUCGUUUACAUCCCCGGUCUGCUCCAUGGGAAGAUCCGGUAUCGCGCCAGCUUCGAAAAUACCCCCUUGGGCCUCAAAACCCACAUUUAUGCCCCACUGGGGGUUGACAUCCGGAACGAAUGGAGUGUCUCCGAGCGACCGCCCGGUGAAUCGCAAGACAAGCAAGGAUUAUAUCUUCGCGAAGAAAAUGAUUUGAGGUGCCCAUUUGGAACGGGAUUCUUCGUGCGCAAAAACGUCGGACAAUCUCACUCGACUUUAGUGGCGCGGUUAGCCAAGUGA